AAGAAAAAAAAUAUCUUUUGAAAAGAAAGAGAGCUUUAUUUGAAAGAGCCUUGAGUGAAAAGUUAAUUUUAAAAAACUAUGGAUGAAAUAGAAUUAUUUUUGGAAAACAGUUCUAAAGAUAAAAAUAUUAUAAAUCGAAUCAUAUCGUCGGAAAAUUCACAAAGAGAUGCAAAACUGUUUAUGGAAAAUAAAGUUCCACCAAACGAAAAAGUAAUUUUACUACAAAUACUAGAAGAAUGGGAUAGAGAAUACUACAGUGAUGAAUGUAGCGAUGGGAUCGUUCGAAAAGAAGCUGUACCAAUUAUUACAAACUGGCUUAAAAACGCAACCGGCUACGAUGUUGCAAUUGCACGAAAGUUCUUGAGUUUUCUCACUGCACAAAAGCAAAAGAGAGAUAUGGACACUAAGAGUGCAUCUAGAAUGCUUACAGCGUCAAGUAAACGAAAAGUCAAAACGCCUAGGGUUACAAAGUAUGGUGUUAUCAAACCAAAAAUGCUCUCUAGUGAUCAACUAAUUACUAGAUCCAAUACAAUGGGAAUGUUCCAAUUUUUCCCGCAUGGUACUGGUUUAAAGGGAACGAACGGAAUAACUCAAAAUGCAGCAAAACCACAUUCUACACGAAGAGGUAGCCUUUCUAGCAGACUAAGGUACAGUGCGCAUAUGCAAGAGUUUUUAGACGAUAAUCCAACGAUAAGAUCCUUAACAAGUGCUCGAUCCACAAUGUUUGAAACUCAAUCUAAUCAUUUUGCUCCUGUUAAUCCAAUAAUUGCUCACCAUAAAUACAAUUACUGUGAGCCACCUGUUAAAGCAGUAAGUGAAAUGAAUGUCGAGGAUUCAAAUGAAAAUAGUUAUACAACGCGAGCUCAUCACAAAAGAUUUUAUUUACCUGAAGCUGAACCACAAGAGAGUGUGGAAAUGUGUGAAAAGGGGACAGAAAUACGUAGCAUUGCUCAUCAUAAAAAUAAUUUUCAGUUUAUUUCAGAUUCAAAUGAUACUACAGAUGAACCAGUUUUGACUUGGGCUGGAAGAAAAUGGCAUCACAAAACACUUUAUGGACAGUACGAUUUUGAACAAAGAGAGUCUAUCGAAAAUUAUUCUCCACGAAAAAUGCAUCAUAAAUUUAAUUACGAACUACAAACUUAAAUUUGGCAAUAUGUGAAUUUAUAAAAAAGCAUAUUUACAUAUUGCAUUAUUAUAUUUUAUUUUAACAUUUUAAGUUAUUAGUUUA